UAGUCUAGGUAAACGUCAAUUCGCAGUUGUGAUUGUCAAUUUGGAUUGAAUUUUGAAUUGAAUGGAGUAAAUUCUGUAUGAGUGUUUGUUUUUCUCAUACAGGGAAUUUCGAUUUAGUCUUAAAUGGUUGGAAAUAUGUAUGAAUUUCAACAACUUAGUUAAAUUUAUCGCAUACCUGUUAUAAAAUUAGAUAAAUUAAAAGACAAAAUGGCAAGCUCGAUAAUUUUAGCUGGCUUGGGCAUGGCAGCGGUUGGAUUUGCGGGACGAUACUUCCUUAGACAAAUGCCUAACGCUUCAGUGAAAUUUGCGGAAGCUAUGAAAAAUUUGCCAAAGUUUGACACUGAAUCUUUAGCAAAUUCUAAAUAUUACAAAGGUGGUUUUGAAUCCAAGAUGACGAAAAGAGAAGCUUCUCUCAUCCUAGGUGUUAGUCCCACAGCUAGUAAAGCAAAAAUAAGAGACGCUCACCGGAGAAUAAUGUUACUUAACCACCCAGAUAGAGGCGGGUCUCCACUUAUAGCAGCAAAAAUUAACGAAGCAAAGGAUGUCCUAGAAAGUGGCAAAUCAUAAUGUGGUACUGUUUUGUUUACGUUUCAUAGGCCAAUUGUUAUAAUAGCUUCCCCAAGCUAAGUAGUUAAGAUCAGCUGUAGCAAACAAAUGUUUUAUCUGUUGUAAAAAGGUGUAAUAUAGAUUAAAAUAAAAUCUAUUCUCAACAUCUCAAUAAUCUAUUCUGUUACAAUGUACAUCCAACAUACAUUAUGGCAAUAGUUCUAACACAGUAGACUGUAGUUGAGGCAUGAUCAGCAAACAAGAGAGGAUUUAAAGAAAAUUUACAAAAAUACAUUUAUACAUUUGUCAUUA